UUCGGAAGACGACGUCGUACCGGAGCCCACCCACCCGCCCAACCGAUCCUUUUUCCUAUUGGGAGGACCGCCCGCCGUUCCCAUGCCUCAGUCUUCGCCACGCCACUCUCGUGUCUUCUCUUGGCACUCUCUCCGCCUCUUUCUUCACGCAAUUCUCCAGUAUAUUCUGAGUACACGGCUUGUGAGAAAGCUUCUUGGAAUGGGAUCAGGAAGCAUCUACAAAAGGCGCAUGAAAGUUUUCACACUGGCUGUUGUAAUCUACCUCGAUUAUAAGGCAGUGCAACAGAGAGAAAAAUGGACAAAAGUGGCAAAGAGAACUGAACUAUGGAAUAGAGCUCAUGAACGCAAUGCCAGACGUGUUCUAAGGUUGAUUGUGAAGCUAGAAGGGUUGUGGGUGAAGCUAGGACAGUACCUAUCCACACGUGCUGAUGUCCUCCCCCCUGCUUAUAUACGCCUUCUAAAGCAGCUACAGGAUUCUCUUCCUCCUCGCCCCUUGGAAGAGGUUUGCCAAACUAUCAACAAAGAAUUGGGGAAAUCAAUGGACGAUCUUUUCUUGAGCUUUGAUAAUAUACCACUGGCAACGGCAUCAAUAGCUCAAGUUCAUCGGGCAACACUACGAGAUGGACAAGAAGUUGUUGUUAAAGUUCAACACGAGGGCAUAAAAGAGAUCAUUUUGGAGGAUCUCAGAAAUGCCAAAUCAAUAGUUGAUUGGAUUGCCUGGGCGGAACCUCAAUAUGACUUCAACCCCAUGAUAGACGAAUGGUGCAAAGAAGCACCUAGGGAACUUGAUUUCAACAAUGAGGCUGAAAAUACACGGAAAGUUUCUAGGAACCUUGGGUGCAAUACUAAUUCCAACAAUAACAACAUAAAUCAAGUGGACGUCUUAAUUCCAGAAGUUAUUAUGUCAACCGAGAAAGUUCUUGUUUUAGAAUAUAUGGAUGGAGUCAGAAUAAAUGACUCUGAAGCACUGCAAGCGCUGGGUGUUGACAAACAAAAACUUGUUGUGGAAAUUACACGUGCAUAUGCACACCAAAUUUAUGUUGAUGGGUUCUUCAACGGAGAUCCUCACCCCGGCAAUUUCCUCGUGAGCAAGGCUCCUCCACAUCGUCCGAUUUUGCUUGACUUUGGACUCACUAAAGAGCUUUCAUCUUCUAUGAAACAUGCUUUAGCAAAAAUGUUUCUAGCAUCUGCUGAGGGCGAUCAUGUGGCGCUUUUGUCUUCCUUCACAGAGAUGGGACUUAAGCUGCGCCUGGACCUUCCUGAGCAAGUGAUGGAAAUAUCAAGUAUGUUCUUCCGCAAUUCCACACCAGCAAAUGAAGCUAGUAAAAACAUGAAAGCUUUUGCUGAACAAAGGACAAAAAACCUGAAGGCUCUUCAAGAGAAGAUGAAGUUAAAUGAAAAAGAAGCAAAACGCUUUAACCCUGUUGAUGCUUUUCCAGGCGAUAUCAUUAUAUUCAGUAGAGUCAUUAAUCUUCUGAGAGGCCUUUCUUCAUCCAUGGAUAUACGUAUAGUUUACCUGGAUAUUAUGAGACCAUUUGCCGAAUCUGUUCUACAAUGCAAUGUUAACAAAGGACCAGCAUUUAAUGCAAACUGGAUCCAUGACACACCCGUCCUUUCUAAUGUUGAAAAUAAGUUGCGGAAGCUCCUAAUUGAUCUAGGUCAUGCUGAUAAAGUACUUGGAAUCCAGGUGUGUGCUUACAAAGAUGGAGAAGUUAUUAUUGACACUGCUGCUGGGAUACUUGGAAGAUAUGAUCCUAGACCAGUUCAGCCUGAUAGUUUAUUCCCCUCAUUUUCUGUAUCAAAAGGAAUUACUGCAGGAAUGGUUCAUUGGUUGGUCGAUAAAGGGAAGCUGAAACUCGAUGACAAUGUUAAAGAUAUAUGGCCUGAAUUUGGAUCAAACGGGAAAGAUCAAAUAAAGGUUCAUCACAUACUUAAUCACACAUCCGGUUUGCACAAUGCUCUGGCCGAUCUCACACGUGACAACCCUCUGCUCAUGACUAACUGGGAUGAGUGCUUAAACUGCAUUGUCGAAGCAGCUCCAGAGACUGAACCUGGAAGCAAGCAGCUUUACCACUAUCUAUCUUUUGGCUGGUUAUGUGGCGGCAUUAUUGAGCACGCGUCCCGGAAGAAGUUCCAGGAUAUUCUCGAACAAGCUUUCAUUCACCCUCUGAAAAUAGACGGCGAGCUAUACAUUGGAAUUCCUCCGGGAGUGGAAUCUCGACUUGCUACGCUCACAUCCGACAUGGAUGACAUCAAGAAAUUCUCCGAGAUAAGCAGCCGUCCGGAUCUCCCAUCCACCUUCCGGUUUCAGCUCCAAGACAUUUACCAGAUGGCCACUACCCUUCCUGCAUUAUUCAACACACUCCAUGCUCGUCGCGCCAUUGUACCUGCAGCUAACCUCCACUGUUCAGCUCGAGCUCUUGCUCGCUAUUAUGCAGCUCUUGUGGAUAGAGGCACCCUCCCCCCACCUCAUUCCUCCCCGACCCAACCCCCACUAGGAAGCCACCCCCACAUCCCGAAAUUUCCUUCACCUGAGGCCACCAAGAAACAGAAACCUUUCAAGCUUGCACAUAUCAGAGAGACUUUCAAGAGCGACAAACCCCGGAAAAAGGAUAAAGGAAAUAGCUACACAAGUGUUCCUGCAGACGAAGAUGCCCCCAGCAGCGCCAGUGCCGAGACUGGAUCCAGCAACGAGGCGAACACAGGCAAGCUUUUCUUGAACAGCCAAAUUCAUGAUGCAUUCAUGGGAGUCGGAGAGUACGAGAAUCUAGCGCUUCCAGGGGAGCAGUUCGGGCUGGGGUUCAAGAGAUCCUACUCGGAGGAUGGCAAGUUGAUUGGUUUUGGACAUUCCGGCAUGGGCGGGUCGACCGGAUACUGCGACAUGGAGCACAGAUUCUCCAUUGCUGUGACUCUGAACAAGAUGAACUUUGGAGGUGUGACUGCAAAGGUUAUGCAGUUGGUCUGCUCGGAGCUCAACAUUCCAUUGCCUGCUGACUUUUACAGGUUUACAGAGAGGCUAAGUGGUGAUGAUUCAAAUAUAGCUACGCCUUUGAUAAACUAAUUUACUGAUAAUACAAAUAAAUAAUUAUAAUAUUGUCUUCUUCUUUUUAUUUUUGAACAAUACAGUUCUGUGAGGACGACGAACUGAUCAUAUAUGUAUAUAUCAUACAUUUACAGCAGUAGUAACUAUCGAAUAUGACGGAUAUAUAUAUACAUAGUCAUGAAUUUUGUAUUAUCAUUUUAUUUUUUAAUUAUAUUUAUAGUAAAUUUGGUUUUUCUUA